AAGUAUCCGAACGUCUUAUGUCACCUCAGCAGUGACUUUUUUACAAAAGUUCUUUUGACGUCUCUAAACUUGGGACACGCGAACGUAGGCAAAGUUAAGCCAACGUUCGCCUCUUUUUAUUAGUGAUGUCACGGAAAAAGGGCUAUGAAGAAACGGACAAACUUACUCGUAUUGCGAUCGUGAAUGCUGAUCGUUGUAAGCCAAAAAGAUGUAGGCAGGAGUGUAAAAAGAGCUGUCCUGUCGUUCGUAUGGGCAAGCUCUGCAUUGAGGUGACUCCUAACGACAAGAUCGCCACGAUUUCCGAGGAGCUUUGUAUCGGUUGUGGUAUCUGUGUCAAGAAAUGUCCAUUUGAUGCUAUAACAAUCAUCAAUAUACCAUCGAACUUAGAGAAGCAUACCACUCACCGUUACUCCAAGAACUCAUUCAAGCUCCAUCGGCUGCCAAUUCCUCGACCUGGUGAAGUGCUUGGUCUUGUUGGACAGAAUGGUAUUGGCAAGUCCACUGCCUUGAAGAUCCUUGCUGGAAAACAGAAACCUAACUUGGGUAGAUUUGCUGAUCCUCCAGACUGGCAAGAGAUUCUUUCUCAUUUCCGUGGCUCCGAGCUUCAGAAUUACUUCACUAAGAUCCUUGAAGAUGAUCUCAAAGCACUCAUCAAACCACAGUAUGUGGAUCAAAUCCCCAAGGCUGUGAAAGGAACUGUUGGACAGUUGCUUGAUAAGAAAAAUGAAAGGAAAAAUCAAGAUGAAAUAUGUAGAAUGCUCGAUCUCUCGCAUAUUCGGGAUCGUGAGAUUGGGGCGCUCUCCGGUGGAGAGUUGCAACGUUUCGCGUGCGCAAUGGUGUGCAUACAGAACGGUGAUAUCUUCAUGUUUGACGAGCCGUCUUCGUAUCUAGAUGUCAAGCAGCGUCUUAACGCUGCGCGGACCAUACGCUCGCUCAUAGAUCCUGAUAAGUUUAUUAUUGUGGUGGAGCAUGACUUGUCUGUGUUGGACUAUCUGUCUGACUUUAUUUGCUGUCUUUACGGCGUUCCUGGUGCUUAUGGUGUAGUUACCAUGCCUUUCUCUGUUCGAGAAGGUAUAAACAUUUUCUUAGAUGGGUUUGUGCCCACUGAAAAUAUGAGAUUUAGAACUGAAUCCCUAGUAUUCAAAGUAGCAGAAUCUGCCACAGAAGAAGAGAUAAAAAGAAUGAACCACUAUGAUUAUCCAGAGAUGAGCAAAACUAUGGGUGAUUUCCACCUCAAAGUUGUGCAAGGAGAAUUCUCAGACUCUGAAAUCUUAGUGCUACUUGGUGAGAAUGGUACUGGCAAAACAACAUUCAUCAGAAUGUUGGCUGGCAAUCUGGAACCUGAUGAAGGUUCAAACCAGCUGCCACAGCUACAUAUUAGUUAUAAGCCACAGAAAAUCUCCCCAAAGUCACAGGGGCAGGUUCGCAACUUACUACAUGACAAGAUAAGAGAUGCUUACUCACAUCCACAGUUUAUAACUGAUGUGAUGAAGCCAAUGAAAAUAGAGGAGAUAAUGGACCAGGAAGUGCAGAAUCUGUCUGGUGGUGAGUUGCAGCGAGUUGCGCUGGUGCUGUGUCUGGGCAAGCCAGCUGAAGUCUACCUCAUUGAUGAACCAUCUGCCUACCUUGAUUCUGAGCAGCGUCUAGUCGCUGCUAAAGUUAUUAAACGAUUCAUCCUUCACGCAAAACGCACAGGCUUCGUAGUGGAGCACGACUUCAUAAUGGCCACAUAUCUCGCAGACCGCGUCAUAGUAUUCGAGGGCACUCCGUCUUCAAGAGCGACUGCGCACGCACCGCAAUCGCUGCUCAAUGGCAUGAACAAAUUCCUGGAACUACUCGGCAUCACCUUCAGGAGAGAUCCCAACAACUUCCGGCCUAGGAUCAACAAACACUCCUCUGUAAAGGACAUAGAACAGAAAAGGGCAGGCCAGUACUUCUUCCUUGAGGAUUAAACGCUAUUGUAAAAAUAUUCACUAUCUAUGUAUGAUAUAUGUAUAAUAUAAUUAUUGUAUAUCAGAACUGUUCUGUCACAAUUCAGCUGGCUGACCAUCCAUGUAUUUCCAAUUAAAUGAACUAUGUAUUACUGUAUUAAAUCCGUUUUAUACAA